GAGGUUGAUAACAGUCUGAGAUGGUAGAUGGUAGAUGGUAGAUAGUAGAUAGAUAGAGAGAGAAUGGACAAGAGUUUGUUAAUAGAAGAGGGAGAGGACAGAGGAGGUGUUGAAAGAUGCGGUUUGUUUGUUGCAGAAGUGAAAAGGUUGGGAUGCAUAGCAGGGCCUAUGGUGGCUGUGAAUUUGUCUCAGUACUUCUUGCAAAUCAUUUCGAUCAUGAUGGUGGGUCAUCUGGGUCAGCUCUCUCUUUCCAGCACUGCGAUUGCCAUCUCUUUUUGUGCUGUCUCCGGCUUCAGUCUUCUUUUUGGAAUGGCUUGUGCACUGGAAACUUUGUCAGGGCAAGCUUAUGGAGCUCAGCAAUAUAAACAACUAGGACUUCAAAUCAACACUGCUAUUUUUUCUCUACUCCUAGUUUGUCUCCCUCUGUCUCUCGUGUGGAUCUACAUGGGAGAAAUACUAAUUUUCAUGGCCCAAGACCCUCUAAUUUCACUUGAAGCUGGUAAGUUUGCAAGGAUGCUCUUACCUGCACUCUUUGCUUAUGCAACUCUUCAGCCACUUUGUAAAUAUCUUCAGACACAAAGCUUGAUCAUUCCCUUGCUCGUAUGCGGUUGUGCUUCUCUGUGCUUCCACAUACCUUUUUGUUGGGCUAUGGUAUUUAAGUCUGGACUAGGACACCUUGGAGCAGCAUUAGCCAUUGGUAUGUCGUAUUGGUUAAAUGUGAUUCUACUCAUACUAUAUGUGACGUACUCCACUGCCUGUGCACGUACCCGGGUUCCAAUUUCUUUGGAGCUGUUUCAAGGAAUUAGAGAAUUCUUGCGUUUUGCAAUUCCUUCUGCCGUAAUGAUUUGCCUUGAAUGGUGGUCAUUUGAGCUCCUUAUCUUGCUGGCUGGUUUUCUACCAAAUCCGGAGCUUGAAACUUCAGUUUUAUCUAUAUGCUUGUCAACCAUCUCAUCACUGUAUACAAUACCAGAAGGACUUGGUGCAGCAGGAAGCACUAGGGUUUCAAAUGAAUUAGGUGCUGGAAAUCCCCAAGCAGCUCGAUUAGCUGUUGCUGCUGUUAUGUUUCUUACAGUCUCAGGGGUAGUUAUUAUAAGCUCAACCGUUUUCGCCAGCCGAUCUGUUUUUGGUUACAUUUUCAGCAAGGACAAGGAAGUUGUGGAUUAUGUCACUUCCAUGGCUCCUCUGAUUUGUCUAUCAGUUAUAUCCGACAACUUACACGGGGUUCUUUCUGGUAUUGCUAGGGGAUGUGGAUGGCAGGACUUGGGAGUGUAUGUCAACCUCGGAGCAUAUUAUCUAGUUGGGAUUCCGGUUGCUGCCACAUUGUGUUUCUGGUUAGACUUGAGAGGAAGGGGGCUUUGGAUUGGGAUACAAGUCGGUUCUUUUCUGCAAGCAUUUCUUUACUCUGUGAUAACAAGUUGUACAAAUUGGGAAGAAAAGGCAAGAAAGACAAGGGAGAGGAUAUUUGUGGAAAAAUCUCCAGUAAGAUAGCAGCCGUUCCAUUCUUUUUGAAGCAAUGUUCUCUGGUGCAAUGCAAUCAUACAGAUGGAUCAUUUGAAAUGAUGCUUUAGGUGAUUUUUAUAUGCUUAUUAUACCUCUAGGGUUUAUGCCUAUCAAAAUCAGAGAAGCAUGUAAAAUGUUACCAGUUUACGUGUAGGUAUGAUUGAAGCAUGAAAUAUAUUUUCCUGGCACCUCUAUAGACAUUUACCAA